UCUCCUUCCAAGAUGGCGACUUCUAUUGAGAUUCCUCUAAGAGAUACAGAAGAAGACGAGGUAAUAGAGCUACAGUUUGACCAACUGCCUGAAGGCGAUGAGGUGCUUAGUAUUCUGCGACAGGAAAAUGCACAACUCCACAUUUGGAUCACGCUGGCGCUUCAGUACUACAAGCAAGGAAAAACUGAUGACUUUGUCAAACUUCUGGAAGCAUCAAGAACAGAUGCCAAUAGAAACUAUCGUGAUAAUGAGAAGGGACAGAUGGUCUGCCUGGAUACACUUGCAGCAUUCUACGUUCAACAAGCAAGAAAAGAGAGAAACAAGGAAUCUAAAAAGGAACUAUUUACCAAGGCAACAUCAUUGUAUUCAACAGCAGACAAAAUCAUCAUGUAUGACCAGAAUCACUUACUUGGUAGAGCAUACUUUUGUCUCCUUGAAGGAGAUAAGAUGGAACAAGCUGAUGCACAAUUUAAUUUUGUGUUGGCACAGUCUGGAAACAAUAUCCCAGCUUUACUUGGAAAAGCCUGCAUCUCUUUUAACAAAAGGGAUUACAAGGGCUCUUUAGCCUAUUACAAGAAAGCUUUGAGAACAAAUCCAAACUGUCCAGCCUCUGUUCGUCUUGGGAUGGGUCACUGCUUUGUGAAACUUGGAAAAUUGGACAAAGCAAGACUGGCAUUUGAGCGAGCCCUUACUUUAGACCCACUGUGCACAGGUGCUAUGACUGGUCUUGCCAUUCUUGAACUCAACUCAAAAAAGAUGGAUUCCAUCAAGAAUGGUGUGCAGUUGCUGUCAAGAGGUUAUGCUCUGGAUAACUCUAACCCCAUGGUUCUCAAUCAUUUGGCCAAUCAUUUCUUCUUCAAAAAGGAAUACAAUAAGGUUCAGCACUUAGCUUUACAUGCUUUUCAUGGAACAGAGGUUGAAGCUAUGCAGGCAGAGAGUUGCUAUCAAAGAGCAAGAGUCUUUCAUGUUCAGAAUGACUAUGACCAGGCAUUCCAGUUCUACUACCAGGCUACACAAUUUGCUUCACCGAACUUUAUUCUACCUCAUUUUGGUCUUGGACAAAUGUAUAUUGCCAGAGGAGACAUGAACAAUGCUGCACAAUGUUUUGAGAAAGUUCUUAAAGCCACACCAGGAAAUUAUGAGACUCUUAAAAUCCUGGGCUCUCUGUACAGCACAUCAACAGAUCUGGAGAAAAGAGAGACAGCCAAGAAUCAUCUCAAGAAAGUAACAGAACAAUAUCCUGAUGAUGUUGAAGCAUGGAUUGAAUUGGCUGGAAUCUUAGAGCAGACAGAUGUGCAGGCUGCCUUGCAAGCAUACGGUACAGCAUCCCGGCUUCUCAAAGAAAAAGUGAAAGCUGAUGUACCUCCAGAGAUUUUGAACAAUGUUGGAGCACUGCAUUUUAGACUGGGAAAUUUGAAUGAAGCAAAGAGGUUCUAUGAGUCAUCUCUUGAUCGAUGCAAACAAGAGAGCCAAGCUGAUGAAAGUUACUACAAUGCGAUCUCUGUCACAACAACGUAUAACUUGUCCCGCCUCCACGAGUCUUUGUGUGAGUUUGACAAAGCUGAGGCUCUGUACAAGAACAUCCUCAGGGAACAUCCUAACUAUGUGGAUUGUUAUCUCAGGUUAGGUUGCAUGGCACGUGACAGAGGUCAAAUUUACGAGGCUUCUGAUUGGUUCAAAGAGGCUCUCCAGAUUAAUCAGGACCACCCAGACGCCUGGUCCCUUAUCGGUAAUCUUCACCUGGCCAAGCAAGAAUGGGGCCCUGGUCAAAAGAAGUUUGAGCGUAUUCUUAAACAGCCAUCCACAGCAAAUGAUGCAUACUCGUUGUUUGCGCUCGGAAAUGUAUGGCUUCAGACUCUGCACACACCCACGCGCGAUAAGGCCAAGGAAAAGAGACAUCAGGACAGGGCACUGGCUCUUUACAAGCAGGUGUUGAGAAAUGAUGCUAGGAAUCUGUAUGCAGCCAACGGCAUCGGCUGUAUUCUGGCACACAAGAGCUUUCUGAGGGAAGCACGGGAUGUCUUUUCGCAGGUUCGUGAAGCAACCGCCGACAUCCCCGAUGUGUGGCUGAACCUGGCGCAUAUUUAUGUUGAGCAAAAGCAGUAUGUGGCUGCCAUUCAGAUGUACGAAAAUUGUCUGCGGAAGUUUUUCAAACAUCAUAAUGUUGAGGUGUUGUUGUACCUGGCUCGUGCCUACUUCAAAGCAGGAAAACUAAAAGAAUGCAAGCAGAUUUUACUCAAGGCUCGUCACGUGGCUCCUAAUGACACUAUUCUGUUGUUCAACAUUUCCUUGGUACAACAGCGUCUAGCAACAGCCAUUUUGAAAGCCGAAAAGAGUUCCCUUAAAGUCGUGCUCGGUGCAGUCAGAGAACUGGAGCAGGCGCAGAGAAAUUUUACGUGGUUAAGCCAUCAUGGAGAUCGCCUGAAGUUUGACCUAAGUUGGGCUGGGACCGAGUCCAGGCAUACCAGUGAUUUACUGAGCCAGGCGCAGUACCAUGUGGCGCGCGCCCGAAAAGUUGACGAGGAAGAACAGGAAACACGGCGAAGACAGGAAGAAGAGAAAGAAUUGAUCAGGAAGAAGAAAGAAGAAGAGGAAAAAAUUCGAAGGGAACAGCGAGAGCAGCAGGAGAAAGAACUCCUGGAAAAACGUCAGCAGUUUCGAGAAGCGACCAAAAACUUGCUCGUAUUUGUGCCAGAAGAACAAGCUCCAAAGGAGAAGGCCUCAAGAGGAAGAAAGAAAAAGACGGCUGACGAUUUCGUGGCCAGCAACGACGAAGAAAGUGAUGAUGACGAUGGUGUUGAUGUGAACGAGGAAGGAAACGAGGUGAAGAAAUCAAAAGUCAAGAAAGAUAAAAAAGAGAAAAAAAGGCGAAGAAAGCGAGUUCAAGAAGAGGGAGACGAAAAUGCUCCCAAGAAAAAGAGAGCUCGUAAGCCCAAAGGAAAACCACCGAAAGAACCGAAAUCUGGUGACGAAAGGUUGGGAUCGAAACAAAGGCAGAAAAUCAAGUCGAAGGCAUUCGUGUCAUCAUCUGAGGAUUCGUCUGAUUCUGAUACAGAGAAAUUGAAGAUCGCCGAUGUGAGAAGUGAUGAAGACUUAAGUGACAAAUCUGAUGCAGAGAAAAGCGAGAAAAGCGAGAAAAGCGACAAGGAAGACAAUGUGGACGAGGAAAAGAAAGGGGAAAGUAGCGAAGCAGAGAAACCUUCUUCUGGCAAGAAACGAAUACUGUCAAGUGACGAGGAUGAUGAUGAUCUUGAUGAUGAUCUUGAUGAUUAUAUUGAUGACAACGACGACAGAGCUGAUGGCGAAGAAGGACCAUCCACAGGUCAAGAGACACCCAAGAAGAAAAGCAGGAAACUACUUAGCUCAUCUGAAUCCGAUGAUGAUGAAUAAGCCAACAACACACCAUAAAGCUAUUUUCCAACGCAGCGUUAGUUUCUGGGUGACGUGGAAUUAAAGGAGAUACACAGAAUUAUACAACAGGAAGCAGUUUUUUGCCUUGCUAUAAUAAUUUUUCAUAUUAUCUCCUGUAAAAGUUCAGCCCAAUGAGCGUCCGUGAAAACGAUGGGUUCAUUGAUAGUUAAUUUUUCCUUUUUAGGAGCUAUAGCGCGGUUUACACAUUCAUCCAUAUUUUCAGAACAUUCUGUAAUUUACAAUACACGACUUUCUCAUUGACUGCUGUUUUUAUCUAAUAAUUGUAUUCCCGUUCCUUGGUCCCUCUCUGAUGUUUAAGAACUUCCUGAUAGAAUGUGUACAUAUUUCUGUAGAGGAAGCCGUUAAUAAACGUAAUUUUUCUCUUGUA